CGGAAAAGGCGGCCUGGGAGAGGGAGGUCGCGUUUUCUCGGGGAGGAUUGGGGAGAAUUACUCUCCGCUGCGCUCCACAGUGGCCCAAAGGGGUGAAGGGUCAGUCCGCGAGUUGUAGGUCAUGGCGCUGGCCGCUCGCCUCUGGCGCUUUCUGCCUUGGGGACGUCGCAUCUUUCCGGGACCUUGGCUCUCGAGGGGUGUUGCUGGCAGCCGCGGGCUGUGCUGUACUAGGCGACUCCGCGGCUCUGAGGUAUCCCCGCCGACCUCCCGCUCCCCUCACUACUGGCUGGGCUCCGGCACCCUCUUGUUCAGCCUGGCUGCGCCGUAUCACCAUGGGGAAUGUGGUGAACUGAGGAAGGUGAUGGGAAAUCUAGGAGCUUUCAAAAGAAGCCUUUUAUUCUCAGCUUUACCUUAUUUGGGUUUUGAAGCAUACCAAGUAUUUUCCCAGGCUGUUAUGGUUCAUGCCACAGCCAAAGUCUUCAGAGUUGAAGAAAUUCUUGAGCAAGCAGACUAUCUAUAUGAGAGUGGAGAAACAGAAAAACUUUAUCAGUUGCUGACCCAAUACAAGGAAAGUGAAGAUGCAGAGUUACUGUGGCGAUUGGCACGGGCAUCACGUGAUAUAGCUCAGCUUAGUGGGACCUCAGAAGAGGAGAAAAAACUCCUGAUUUAUGAAGCCCUAGAGUAUGCAAAAAGAGCACUAGAAAAAAAUGAAUCCAGUUUUGCAGCUCAUAAGUGGUAUGCAAUCUGUAUUAGUGAUGUUGGAGAUUAUGAAGGCAUCAAGGCUAAAAUUGCAAAUGCCUACAUUAUCAAGGAACAUUUUGAGAAAGCAAUUGAACUGAACCCAAAAGAUGCCACCUCAAUUCACCUUAUGGGUAUUUGGUGUUACACAUUUGCUGAAAUGCCUUGGUAUCAGAGAAGAAUUGCUAAAGUGCUGUUUGCAACUCCUCCUAGUUCCACCUAUGAGGAGGCAUUAGGCUACUUUCACAGGGCAGAGCAAGUGGAUCCAAAUUUCUACAGCAAAAACUUGCUGCUUUUAGGAAAGACAUAUUUGAAGUUACACAAUAAAAAGCUUGCUGCCUUCUGGCUAAUGAAAGCCAAGGACUAUCCGGCACACACAGAGGAGGAUAAACAGAUACAGACAGAAGCUGCUCAGUUGCUUACAGGUUUCAGUGACAAGAAUUGAGAAUUUUUCAGAGAAGAAAGCCCACGAAAUAUCUAAGAAACAUUGCCUUUUCAUGAAAUUACAAAGAUAAUAUGUGAACUGUAACUGUUCUAUGGCUGUUUUCUCGGUUCCUUUAAUGUGACCACUUAACAAAUUAAAUGUAUAAAAUUCUAAGUUUCUUCACAGACAACAAGGUAAAAGAAAUAAUUACCAAAAAAUUGGUAGAGACUUCUCCCUGGCUGAGAGGCAGAGAUAUUGCACAUUUAGGACACUAGCAAUACAAAGUGGUGUAAAAUUUCUGAGGAGGAUGGAUCACAUCAGAAUGGGAGAUCAAGAAAAGAAAAAGCUUUGUGGAAGAGGCUUCAUUGGGGGGUGUGCACUGCCAAAUUGGACUGAUGCAAAGUUGAGAUCUUGCAGAGAAGGUGCAGUGAAAAUUAGGAGGUUAGGAUGUUGAGGGUUCUUGGUAUAAAGUAGUUAAAUGAUGGAUCUUGGAACCAACCUGUGUAAGGAAAAAACUUAAGUCAGGAGAGGACAGAAAAUGGAGUGUGGUGGUUUUUUUUUUUUUUUUUUUAAUGUGACAUGGUCUUACAAGUUGAAGGAUUGAUUUUGUUACUUGACAAAGCCCAGAUUCUCUUCCCUAAUGUGGUGAAAGGAACACAGAACUCAGGGUGAAAUAGAAAUGAAGAUGUUUUACAUAGGCAGGACCGAAUUACUUGAGGCUGCAGAACUGUUUUAUAAAAAGGACUAUCUUGAAUCCUUUGAAUCACUUAGAUAAAUCAAGAGUGCAUGCAUAGGUAAGUUUUCCUGGAGUUGGGAAUUGUAAAGUUAACAGUGAACCGUGAGGGUGUGGGCUGUUUGUGUUGUCAUGAAUAUUUUCGAACAAAAAGGAAAAUCAAAGUUCUGGACUCUAUAUACCCAUCUCCAAUUGCUAAUCUUCAGCUAUAUUUUACUGUGUGUGUGUGUGUGUGUGUGUGUGUGUGUGUGUAUUUCUAAACUUUUGAAAUUGUAGACAACAUACUUCAUCCCUAAGUACUUAAGCAUGCAUUGUCUCAGAAUGACAUCCUUCUAAACAAA